CAGCUUGGGAAUUCCGGGUAGCAACACAAUAAAUACAAAUACGAUGGCCAAUCACAAUCGACGGGAGGCGUGUCUUACAUUUCGCUUUUCUGACUGUUUACUUCCGUCAAUAUUCAAAGAAAAGCAGAAAAUUAUCACCAUAACAAAGGACUCGCUGUCUUUGGAGCAGGUGGAAGAAGAUGCCGUUCUUGGGCCAAGACUGGAGAUCACCAGGCUGGAGCUGGAUCAAAACUGAGGAUGGCUGGAAACGCUUUGAAUAUUUCAGCCACAAAUUGGGAGAUAACAUCAAUGAGCUUGGCUUGGAAGAAUUGGACAAUGAUAACAAGGAGAACGUCUUUGUGGGAGAUGUCUGUGAAGUAGCUGCCAAGAAGAGAAAAAAGGACUUUUUCAACAACAACACUAAGUCACAGUUUUUGUUCCAGGAGAGGUGGAUCUACGUUCAGAAGGAGAGUACGAGAGAGAGACAUGGCUACUGUACUCUUGGUGAGGCCUUCAAUCGUCUGGACUUUUCCAGUGCCAUUCAGGAUGUGCGGCGAUUCAACUAUGUAGUCAAACUUCUGCAGUUGAUUGCCAAGUCCCAGCUGACGUCUUUGAGUGGAGCUGCUCAGAAAAACUAUUUUAAUGUCCUGGAGAAGAUUGUGAGAAAAGUUCUGGAUGACCAUCAGAACCCGAGACUGAUCAAGGCGUUGCUGCAUGAUUUAAGCUCCACCCUCUGCAUCCUCAUGCGAGAAGUUGGGAAGUCUGUGCUGGUUGGCAACAUCAACAUUUGGGUCUGCCGUUUAGAAACCAUAUUAAACUGGCAACAGCAGCUCAACAAUUUGCAAAUUCCAAAGCAUGUUUCAAAUGGGAUGACACUGAGUGACCUCCCUUUGCACAUGCAAAACAACAUCCUGUACAAGUUUAGUGAUGCCUGUGACAUCAUCAGUCUGGGACAAGCCACACUAACACUGCACAUGCUCAGUGAGGACCGGCAACUGUGGAAGAAACUGUGCCAGUUUCAUUUUGCUGAGAAACAGUUCUGCAGGCACUUGAUUCUGUCAGAGAAGGGCCAUGUGGACUGGAAGCUGAUGUUUUUCACACUUCAGAAAUACUACCCUCAGAAAGAACAGUACGGAGACACUCUGCAGUUCUGCAGGCACUGUAGCAUCCUCUUCUGGAACGACAGACACCUGGCUUUGAUCUUUAAGGACUCGGGACAUCCUUGCACGGCAAACGACCCCGACAGCUGCCUCACGCCCGUCUCUCCCCAGCACUUCAUAGACCUCUUCAAGUUCUGAAAUUCAGAAUGCUCUUGGACCUCUGGCCUUCCAAUCUCCUCUGGAACAUCCUGCAAACAAACACCUCUAAACAAGACUCUGAACCCCUCAACCUUUAUCCACUCUGUGCUCCAACCAUGUUUCUUCUCCUCCCUUACGUUUCCCAGACGGUCGUUCUGUGAUUAAAAAGUGUGAAAGUUCAAUCCUCUGACAAUGUAA